AUGGACGCAAACGUGGCGCUGGCGCUGCUCUCCUCCUGCUCGCCCUCCACUUCCGCCGCCGCCUCCUCGCUCCUCCCUCGUCGCCGCUGCCUGGCCUCCCGCCGAAGAGCAAGCUCACGAGCCACCAUCAUGGCGGCGUUGGGCGAUGACCCAAUCAGGGAAUGGAUUCUUACAGAAGGGAAGGCCACGCAGAUAAAAGGGAUAAGGUCCAUUGGUGGUGGCUGCAUUAACUCUGCUCAGCGCUAUGAUACUGACGCGGGGCCCUUCUUUGUGAAGACUAAUAGCCGCAUUGGUCCAGAAAUGUUUGAAGGGGAAGCUCUUGGUUUGAAGGCAAUGUAUGACACAAAGUCAAUCCGUGUUCCUUUGCCAUACAAGGUUGGGUCAUUACCUACCGGUGGUUCUUUCAUCAUCAUGGAGUUUAUUGAAUUUGGCCCUUCAAGGGGAGACCAGUCAGUUUUGGGAAGGAAGCUUGCCGAAAUGCAUAAGGCUGCUAAAUCUGAUAAGGGAUAUGGUUUCCAUGUUGAGAAUACUAUUGGAAGCACUCCACAAAUUAACACUUGGACUGAUGACUGGAUUGAGUUUUACUCCAAGCAUAGAUUGGGUUACCAGUUGGAGUUGGCAUCGAGACGAUACGGAGAUUCUGCCAUACUCGAAAAAGGUCAGCGAUUGAUCAACAAUAUCCACCCACUUUUUGAUGGAGCUGUUAUUGAGCCCUGCUUGCUUCAUGGUGAUCUCUGGAGCGGAAACAUAAGCUCUGAUAGCAAUGGGGAUCCUGUAAUAUUGGAUCCUGCUUGCUACUAUGGACACAACGAGGCAGAGUUUGGGAUGUCCUGGUGUGCUGGAUUUGGUGGGGACUUCUAUAAUGCCUAUUUUCAGGUGAUGCCGAAACAACCAGGGUUUGAGAAGAGGAGGGACCUCUACCUCCUCUACCACUACCUGAAUCACUACAAUCUUUUUGGCUCCGGGUACCGUUCAUCAGCUAUGUCCAUAAUCGAAGACUACUUAUAUGUGCUGGCGGCUUAG